AUGAGUAACAACAAUGGUGGUUCAAAUAAUACAAAUAAUGUCAAUAGUGGCUCGCACAAUAGUGGGAAAUAUGACAUAUCAUCACCAAAAACUACAGUAUUAAAAAAGAUUAAAGAUAUGUUUGCUUCUUCAAAUAUUAGCAAUCAACAACAACCACAACAACAACAACCACAACAACAACAACAACAACAACAACAACAACAACAACAACAACAACAACAACAACAACAACAACAACAACAACAACAACAACAACAACAACAACAGCAACAACAAUCACAACUACAACCACAACAUCAAAUUGACCAAUAUUCAAACAAUCUACAAACAUCACACUCAAUAUCACCAACACCACAAGAAGAAAAUGAUUAUAUAUAUAAUAGUAUAAAUAAUAAUAAUAAUACAAAUAAUAAUAAUAGUGGAGGUACAUUAUCAUUAUUAAAUAUAAGUGGAGGUAAUACAUAUUCAAUAAAUGAAAUUGAACAAAUUAAUGAAAAAUUAAGAGUAGAAUUAAAUAAUAAUAAAUAUUUAACAAUUGGAAGUAGAGUUGUUUUUUUAAGAGAAUUUUGUGAUUAUAUAAAGUUUUUUAGGGUUGAAGAUAUUGAACAAGUUUGGAAUUGUGCAAGUGAUUUAGCUGACGAUAAUAAACCAAUUGAGGCGCAAAUAGUUUCAAUGCAAUUAAUGUUAGCUUUAAUCGAAACAAACUAUGGAAUACUUGGUAAUUUAAGAAAAGAAUUUUAUAGAAUAAUUACAGAUAAUAAUAAUAGUAAUAAUUUUUUUUUAAAGUCAAAUACAAAUAAUAAUAUUACUAUGAGUCUUCCCUCAAAUAAUAAUAAUAAUAAUAGUCAAAAAUAUAAUUCAUCAAUUUUAAGUAAUAGUCAAACAUCAUUACCACCAUUAAUAAAUCAUACAUUACAACAACCUCAUUCACCAUUAUCUUCUUCACCUGCAAAUAUAAUACCACAGCAUACAUUAUCAAAUUCAUUAUCCUCAUUACCGUCAAUAAAUGAUUUUAAUAUUGACAAUGAUAAUAAUAUAAAUACUCAACAACUUGUACAUAAUAAUCAAAAUAAUCAAAAUAAUCAAAAUAAUAAUAAUAAUAAUAAUACAUCUUCAUCAAUACAACAAUCAUCAAAUAUAGCGCAAAAUAAUUCAAAUAUUAAUAUAAAUUCAAAUAGUAAUAAUAAUAAUAAUAAUAAUAAUAAUAAUAAUAAUAAUAAUAAUAAUAAUAAUAAUAAUAAUAAUAAUAAUAAUAAUAAUCAAAUUAUAACAUCUUUACCAAUAACGUCACAAUCAAAUAUUAUUAGUGUAAAUAGUAGUAGUAAUAAUAAUAAUAAUAAUAAUAAUAAUAAUAAUAAUAAUAAUAAUAAUAAUAAUAAUAAUAAUAAUAAUAAUAAUAAUAAUAAUAAUAAUAAUAAUAAUAAUAAUGGUAAUAAUAGUAAUAAUAAUAAUAAUAUAAAUAAUAAUAAUAUAAAUAAUAAUAAUAAUAGUAAUAUAAAUAAUAAUAUAAAUAAUAUAAAUAAUAAUAAUAAUAAUAAUAAUAAUAAUAAUAAUAAUAAUAAUAAUAAUAAUAAUAAUAAUAUAAAUAAUAAUAAUUCAAAUAAUACUUUAUCACCAUCUCAAUUAAAUAACAAUAAUAAUAGUGGUAGUCAAUCAUUACAACCCUUACAAUUUAAAUUAUAUCAAGAACAAUUACAACAACAUUUACAACAACAACAAUUAUAUCAACAACAAUUACAAUCAAAUUUAAUUUUAUUAGGAUUUAAGAUUAAAGCAUUUGGAUCAUUAAUUAAACAGGGUAAAGAUAUGAUACCAUUUGAGAAUGAAGUGGUUCAUGUAGUGAUUGGUUGGAUAUCUAUAUUAUCAAAUUAUCAACAAAGAUUGAUAAAUACAUUGAAUGGUGGUGGUGGUGGUGGUAUAGGUUCAAAUUUUAAUCUUAUCAAUAGUAGUAAUAAUAUCAUUAAUAUUGGAUUUGAUGAUUUAUUACAUAUGAUUGAAAAUAUUAUAAAGAAUGGCUCAAGUAUUUUGGAGGAGGGUGAUAUUGCAUCACUUAUCGAUUCAAUGUGUAUCCUAUGUAAUUCAUCAACUUCAAUAUCAAUCAUUGAGUGCUGUUUAUCCUUUUUCAAUACUGUCACUAAAAUGGUUAUUAUACCUCCAUCUUGUGUUUCAAUGGUAAUAGGUUCAUUAUGUCGUUCAGUCAACAUAGAGAGUGCCUGUAAUGCAAGUUGGGAAACAAUGCAAAAUCUUUUGGAAAAGUAUGGUAAUCAAGGUAUAAACUCUCUAUGUUGUAUACUAAAUGAUCCACAAAAUAGAUCAACUAUUAAUCUUUUACGUGGUGCAGUGUUUUUCAUUGGUAUGUCAAUUUGGGGUUCACAAAGAAUUAGUGCUUUAAAUAUUAGUCCAGCUUAUGUAUUAUCAGCUUUAUACAAUUCAUUGGCUGGUAGACAAGAGAUUAUUGCCUAUGAAGUAAUAUUGGCCCUAAGAAGGUUGGUUAAAAAGUAUGGUGCCGAAUUAUAUGUGGAAUGGGAUAUACUAUUUAUUAUAUUUGAAAAGAUGUUAACUCUUUUACAAAACAACUCUGAUCAAGAGAAUGCCUCAAAUUCUUUAUUCAAAGUUUUACGUGACACAAUGUCUCAUAUCGAAGAAUUGGAGGAAAAAGAUUGCUUUCAAGGUAGUAAAUGUACUCUAUUCGAAUUAUCAGCACCAUUCUUCAAAUAUAAAACUGAAGAUUCUAUUCUAACGAUCAUUGAUAAACAAAAAUCGAAAAUUCACCCAUCACAUGCAUUAUGGAUAAAGAAAUUGAUAUUGUUAAUAGAUUUAUUCUAUCGUAGAGAUCCUAGAACUAGAAUUAGAAAGAAGAUAUUGUUUUUAAUUCGUCAAAUCUAUUUUCAAUAUCGUUUAAUCUAUGGUGAAGAGAUCAUUGAAAAAGUGGUUAUCCCAACUUUUCAAGAGAUUUAUAGGGAUCGUGAUGUACAUAUUCGUACCUAUGGUAUCGAGGUUUUAAUUGAACUCUUAACAAAAUCAUCAGGUAAAUUAUCAAAUUCAAACUUUCAUUCAGUUUUAUCAAUUCUAGAGAAAUCAAUUAUGAUCUCUUCACAUAAAGAGAUGGUGGUAUAUUUAGAGAUUUCCAAAUUAUCAAUUCGUGGUAUCAUACAAAUAUUUAGGAAUCAAUUUCUUUAUUCACCACCACAACUUUCAUUAGAUCUUUGGAAUUUAAUUCUAUCACAACAUUCAAAUGAAACUUUAAUCAUUCGUAGAGAGAUCUUAUAUUGUAUUUCAAAUUUAUCAUCAAACAAAUGGUAUCAAUUAAUUUUUCAAAAUAAUUCAAGUCUUUAUUUACAUUUUUCUCAAACAAAUCAUUUUCUUUCUGAACUUUCUUUAAUGAUUAAAUCUCCAAUCUCACCACGUUCACCAAGAAAUCAAGAUAUUGAUAGUAAUAAUAAUAAUAAUAAUAAUUUAGAUAAUAUGGAUAAUAAUAAUAAUUUAGAGAAUAAUAAUGUUAAUAUUGAUAAUGAAGAAUUACAUGAAAGUGGUGAAAGUGGUGAGGAUUUUUUAAAUAAUAGUGAUGAAAAUGAUAGUGAAAAAGAGAGUAUUGAAGAAGAAAAACCAAAUAAAAAAUUAUUUAAUGGAACUGAUGGCUGUUUUUCAAUGUCAACCAUUUGGAAUGCAUUAUUGGAAAGAUUAAAUCGUGAAACAAAUUAUGAGCUUUAUAUGAUGGUUUUAGAUAUAAUUUCAAAUCAAUUAAAAAAUAAAUACAUUUUAAUUGGUUUAGAUAAUGAAAUUCAAAAUUUAGUAAAUUAUUUAUCAAGAUCAUUAAAUGAUAAAACUCUUGGUACUUCUAUAAAUGAUUUUCAAGUAAGUAAAGAAACUACAUCAUAUAUAUAUAUAAAUUAUCACUAUACAAGUAAAAAGGAACAACUUAAUAUUAUUGGGUUUGAAAUACUUACAAAUUUAAUACCAUAUUUACAAACUUCAUCCUCAUGGAAUACUGAAAAGUUCCAAACUUUGAUACAUAAUAUUAUCAAUACCUUUACCUUUUGUUUUAAUCAAAAAUGGUCAAAUGAUAAUAGACAUAAAAUUUAUACGAUUUGUUUGAACGGAUUAAUGAUUUGUACUGUAGAAUUUCCAAUUAAAAUAACUUUAAAAUAUACUCAAACUAUUACUAAAUCCCUAUACACAAUUUUAACAUCUAGUAGUACAAAUAAGGAAACUUACUUUGCAAUAUUACAAUAUUUAAAUAUUUUAAUUUCUGUUGGUAAUAAUAAUAAUAAUAAUACCAACACCAAUACCAAUAAUAAUAGUAAUAGUAAUAACAAUAUACCAGGAUUAUCACAACAAUUACCAUUUGAAACAUUAACUUUUGUAUUUAAACUUAUUGUUCAAUUUAUUGAUAAAUCAAGAUAUAGUUCAUUGAUUAUUAUAGUAGCUUUACAAAGUUUAAUUAGAUGGUUUACAUCAUGUACACAAUCAACUAGAACCUUGUUGGUAAGAAAUAUAAUAAAGACAUUGGAUGGUCAAUUAAAAGAGAAGAAUAGUCAACUUUUAAUUGAUAUCGCAAUAGAACUGUUAAAUAGAUAUAUUCAUUCAGAUUUAGAUCCAUGCCACUAUCCAAUUAAACAUUCAAGUCAAAUGUUUAAUGGAAGUCAAACCAAAACUUGGAUUCAAAAUAAUAGUUCAACCUUAAUUACAAUUAGAACUGGUAAAUUGGGUUGGUCUGAAGUUACCCUUAGAAAGGCAACUGGUUGUGUAUCUUGGUUAAUGAAAUUUCAAAAUAAUUUUAAUCCAUUAUUAUCUUCAAAUAAUUUCAAUCUUUAUAAUGAAUUAACAAUUUUAGGUGACCAAAUUCAGCAGCAACAACAACAAUUACAACAACAACAACAACAACAACAACAAUAUAAUCAACAAAAUGUUCAUUUACACCAACAAAAUAACAAUAUUAAUAAUAAUAUCCAAUCACAAGUACAUCAUUACCCUACUUUUAACAACAACAACAACAACAACAACAAUAAUAAUAAUAAUAAUAAUAAUAACAACAGUAGCAAUAAUAGUAAUAAUAACUCACUCAAUUAUUUAAAAAUUAAUCAAAGAUAUAAUACGCCACAUACACCAUCCUCAUCUCCAAUUUCAGUUUCUGGUGAGCUUUAUUCUAAUCCAAAUAGUGCUCCAAUUUCAUUUGCUAAACUACAAAAACAAAGAUCACAACAACAAUUUCAACAAUUUCAACAACAACAGCAGCAGCAGCCCCAAUACUAUAAAUUUCAAAAACCACUACACAACCAAGUUAUUGAUGAAAUUAAUACAUCAAACAAAGUAAUAGAAAACUUAUCAAACCUUUUGAAAAAACUUGAAACUUCAAUUCACCAAAAAUCAAAAAUUGAAUCACAAAAUCAACAACAACAACAAAAUCAACAUCAACAAAAACAAGUGGAUGAUAAGGAAUUUAAUACAUUUUCUGCAUCAUCUUCCCCAUCUUCUUCUUCAUCUUCGUCAUCAUCUUAUUCGACAAUAUCACCACCUUUGUCACACAGACAACCUUCAUCAUCUUCCUCUUCAUUGAAUCUCUCAUUUUUACCAAAGGAUUCAAUAUCAAGUAAUUUAAAAAAUACACCCAGAUUAAUUUCAAACGAUAUCCAACUUCUCUCAACAAAUCUUUUAACCUCACCAAUUAUCCAACCAAUAAACAACAUCAAUAAUAAUAAUAAUAAUAAUAAUAAUAAUAGUCCAGUAACAAAAUCACCAAAUAUUCCUUCUUUAUCAUUAAGUUCAUUAUCUUCAUCUAAUUACAAAAAAGAAGUUAUCAAAAAAGUAUCACCAACUCACCAAAUCGAUAUUGAACAAUUAGAAUUAGAAGAACAACAACAAUAUGAAGACGGAUCAAAUAGUUAUAAUGAAAAGUACUUAUUAAAUAAUAUUAAAGUACCACAAUUUACACCAAAGAAACAAUCACAUGAAAUUACUUUAUACAAUAAUGAUCUUGAUAGAAAUAAUCAUACCUAUCAUGAAAACUCUAGUGUAAAUAGUAAUGAAAAUUUAUUUUUGAAUAGUAAUUUGGAUAGUCCAUAUAAAUUAUCAUAUGAUUCAACAACAGACGAAGGUAGCAGUACUCCAACGAGUUAUAAUAUUCAUUCAUUGUCAAGAUAUUAUCCUCCAUUACCUUCAUAUGAUGAUGAUGAAGAAUUAUUAUCAUUCUUUAGCUCUUCAAGUCCUACACAACAUGGUUCUCACCACCACCACAACAACAACAACAAUAACAGUAAUAAUGAUCAAUAUAUUAAGUUAAAUUUAUCAGCCCAAUUACUUUUACAUGCUUCAGCACCAAAUUCACCAACUCUUCAAUUGGAUACCCUAAAACAUUCUUUUUUAUUUGAUGACUAUCAUCAACAACAAACCAACUCUACAUUCCCAAUUGAAAUUCCUUCAAACUCUGUAAAUAGUAUCAAUACACAAAAUAACAAUAAUAAUAAUAAUAAUAAUAAUGAGAAUAAAAAUAAUAAUAAUAAUAAUAAUAAUAAUAAUAAUAAUAAUACUUCAAAUAACAAAAAAAAUAUUGAUAGUAAUAAUAAUAAUAAUAAUAAUAAUAUUAAUAAUAAUAAUAAUAACAAUAAUAAUAAUAAUAAUAAUAAUAAUAAUAAUAAUAAUAAUAAUAAUAAUAAUAAUAAUAAUAAUAAUAAUAAUAAUAACAAACUUGUACUUUUAACUGGUAGUAAUACAAAUUCUCUUGCAUCAUCAACAUCCUCUCUCACCAAACCAGAAUCUGAAAUAUUUUCAUUAUCUGUUGAGAGUGGUAAUAGUGAUAUAUAUUUAAAAAGUAAAUCUAAAAAAUCAAAAUCAAAACACCAACAAAAUAAUAAAAUGAAAAUAGAGCAAUUAAUUGAAGAGAAUUUAUCAUCAGCUUUGGAAAAAAAUAAAAAUUUGGAAUCAAAUAAUAACCUUGGAAUUGUUCAACAACAACAACAGCAACAACAACAACAACAACAACAACAACAACAACAACAACAACAACAACAACAACAACAACAACAACAACAACAACAACAACAACAACAACAACAACCUUAUCUUUUAGGAACUACUGAAUCAUUAGUGAAAUCCACAUCAUUCAAUAUUGAAGGUACUUCGACCCCAAAUUCAAUAUCUUCAACACUUCUCUCACCAAUUCCAAUAUUGGCUCAAACUCCAUCACAUUCUCCAAUGGAAAAAUCUUCAAAAUCCUUAAAUCUCAAAUCUCCUAAAAAGUUUACAAUUUCUGACGAAAAGGAAAAUGAUAGAGUGAGAAUCCCAUCACCCCAAACCUCUUUUGCUCCAGUUAAAAAUGAUGAUGGCGAUCAAGAUUCACAAAAAGAUUCAAAGCCACUAAAGAAUAAUAACAAUUUUUAUAAGCCACCUUCUCCUUUAUUAACCCAAUCAUUACCAUUAAUCCCACAACUUCAACCACACCAAAUCAAACCAAUUACUAAACUACAACAACAACAAACUACAAAAUCAAAGGGAGUCACAAUCCCAAUGGUAAGAUCAAAUUCACAACAAUCUUUCUUGUCAAAUACAGGUAAUAAUAAUAUUAAAAACAACAACAACAACAAUAAUAAUUUUAAUACCAUAAAUACAUCGACAAUAGUAUCACCAUCAUCAUCAUCGAUUUCACAAUUUGCCUUUAGUCCAACUUCAACAACAAUGAGAAGUAAUAGUUUAAACUAUUCAAAAACUAAAGACUAUCCAUAUAGUACUAGUAAACCUGUUUCAUUUUCACCAAUUAAUGAACAACAACAACAACAAAACAAUAAUAAGUCAACUGCAAUGUCUCCAACUUCAUCAAUUGUUCAACAAUAUGGUAGUCCUUAUAGUGGAUUUUCACCACCACAUUCUCCAACUCCUCCACCUCAAGAACAAGGUGAAUUAGAUAUGACUGUAUUAGAUCCAUCUAUUGUUUUUUAUCAUUUACAUCAAUUCUCUGGUGACAUUACAACCGAAAUUAAAAUGGGUAAUUCAUUUGAACGUACUUUGAAUGUAUUGGAUCAUACUUUUUGCUCAGAGACUUAUAAAUUUGGUAUUUUAUAUGCUUCGGCUGGACAAACUACAGAGGAGCAAAUUUUAUCAAAUUGUAAAGGCUCACCAAGAUAUAACCAAUUUUUAAAUUCACUCGGUGAGACCAUUAAAUUAGCAGAUAGAAUCGAUGUUUAUCCUGGAGGUUUAGAUAGAAAUGGAAAAACUGAUGGUGAACACUCAAUCUAUUGGAAAGAUAGAAUUAGUCAAGCCAUCUUUCAUGUUGCAACUAUGAUGCCAUACAUUGAAACCGAUAAACUUUUUACUCAUAAGAAAAGACAUAUUGGAAAUGAUUAUGUAAAUAUUAUCUUUUGUGAAUCUUCAAAUUUAUUCAAUAAUAUUUCAAAAGAUCAAUUCGAUUAUAAUUCAAGUGGUAGUAUUAUAAAUCAUAGUAACAACAAUCAAAAUCAAUCUUCGAAUGAUGAUGAAAAACUAUCAAAAAUUAUUUCAGGUCAAUUCAAUUUCGUAUUGAUUGUAGUUUAUCCAUUAGAAAAUGGUUGGUUUAGAGUUGAAAUUAAGAAAAAGAAAGAUAUUCCAUUAUUUGGUCCAAUUCAUAAUCACCAAAUUGUAUCUGCAAAAUCUUUACCAAAUCUAAUCAUUCAAACUGCAAUCAAUGCAAACUUGGUGUCAAUGCAAUAUGAUGGUAAAACUGAUUUCAUUUCAAAUUUAGAAGAAAGAUUAAAACAAAUUAAAUCAAUUAAAGAUAGAUUCGCAAAAGAUGAAGAAAAUGGUUGGUUAGAUUUAAUCUCAUUAAAAAAGAUAAAAUAA